AUGGCCUGCUCACUGCCUCUCGAGGCUCUGCUGCACAUCUUCUCUUUUCUAGAAGAUGACUUAGUGGCUUGUGCUUGUGUUUGCCAACAGUGGCAAGUGGCAGUGGAAAGAACCACAUUCUCUACUCUGCUCGCUAAUUCUUCGAAUCUUGAAGAGCUCCGUCACAUUGUCGGGCGCACCAGCACCCCAUGGCGACCCUCUUUCAUCAAGAACCUGGAUUUCAAGUGCAUCAUACCAGAUUAUGGUGUCGAAGCUCGAGGUCGCCUGGAGGAUGAUCAUGAUCGUUGUUCAAAUAACAAAGCCUUCACACAAGCAAUCACAUCACUUUUCGAGAUUCUAGGCUCAUGGUCCAGUGAUGACCACUGCGCAAUCGAGCUUGUAAUCUACGCCCGCUCCCCAGGGGAUCUUGAAUCCGAGCCUGAAUGGACGAAACGGAAGAUUCGAAUACAGCAGAACAACGCUUUUCCAGAAGAGGACCUGUUGUGGGAGCGUUAUGAAACCUCGUAUCUGCAGCUAACGGAAGAUACACAUCUGCCAAUUGUCAAUUGUAUCGAGAAGCUUCAAGUUCGUGGCCUCGUAGCCUAUCGGGGACUGUCGCCCCGAGCUUUGUCCGACAUCGUGUGCUGUCUCCCACGACUGCGAGCAUUGUCCGUGGAUCUUAACGACAACUAUCGAAGAAAUCCCACGAUGCAAAACCAUCUUCGCAGCGAGUUCUCACAAGGAAUCACCAAUUGGCCUCCCUCUCUGACAGAUCUACUGUUAAGGUAUGAGGGAUACCCUCCUUGGGACCAAAGCUUCCCCGCGGUCAAAAGAUCCGAGCCAAGCGCAGAUCCAUUGAGCCUUGCGCUUCAUCGCCUCACACAACAGCUCGAGACCGUCGACUUAGCGCCAAUAAUGAUCGGCCCUGAGCUCUUUUGGCCGGCAGCCACAAAAAGCAUCCCCUACUGGCCAAAUCUUAUCAAUAUCAGAGUGCGAUUUUCGGCUGCAACCCCGUCCGGUAAAUGGCUCUUUGAGAGAGAUCCAAGAUGGAGGGAUGUGUCCCCUAGUCGCUACCCUGCUCCCGCAUGGUUCGAAGGGGAACCCCCAAGCGAGAAGAGGAUCAAUCCAUUUCGCACGAUGCCUAAUAAGGAGCUCAACGAGCUGUACAUUGCCGCUGGACGUGCCGCUCAGCAAAUGCCCAAGUUACAGAACAUGACGCUCUGGGCUGAGAUAAUGAAUUUCGGAGACGGACUCGAAGAGGUAAUUGAACAAGCCUCCGAUCACUGGUUUCAGUACACCUCAAGUUCGGCUAAAGCUACUUGGAUUUGCACCUCGGAAUUUCAUGUUGCGCCUGAGGUACGACAGGUGUGGGAUGCUGUGGCUAAAAGUCAUCGUCGUAGCCACCUAACGAUUGAGAAUCUAGGAUUCAAGGUUGGGGCUGACGAAUUCGGUGGCCACAAGAUGUUUUGCAAUGAUGAUGGUGGUUUUGAUGAGAAGCUGAAGAAAGAGUACGAGUGUUUCUCGUGGGAUACUUAG